AUGAAGGUCGGCCGGGGCGUCCCCAUGACCGUGUUGGAGACGAGGAAGCUAACAGAGGGCACGGGGGAGGGGUCAUUUGAUGACCCAAAAGUCCUAUACAAUACCGAUAUCGAGCACGUCUCGAGGGAGCUGAUCCAGCAGUGCGAGACUAUCGUCAAAGCCGAGGCGAGACGUCUGGGGAUGACGUGUGUUAUCAUACGUGGCGACCUCCACAACACCACGCGCACGAUUGAUGUGUGGACUAAGAAGGUGAUCAUGGUUGAAGAUCCUCGGGACCCAAGCAAGCAGAUGCCCCUGUUGGAGCCUCUCGAUGAUCACCUGACAGUUUCCUUUGGGACGGUGCUGGAUGACCCGUCAACGUUUGGAACUGACAACAUCCAGCUGCAAGGCCAUGUUUUUGUCAACGUCGAGCGCCAUUCUGAUUCUACGAGUUGGACGGGCCGGCGGCACGAAAGUGGACUCAUCUUGUCACAGCCGCUGUGGGAGAUGUCUGAUGAGUUUGUCAAGGGUCUUGCGAAAAUCACAGCUUCCGGCGGCUCGCCGAAAGCGCCAGACAUUUUCUGGGCCCUCUCUCCCAACGACGUCCCACCGUCGGUGAAGGCGGCGGUGGAAUCGGCCGUGCGGCAGCAGACCUUGGAGAGCUUGCUCACAUGCGCCAUCAUCAGGCUCGAGACCCUGGGGGGGUACUAUUCCACGGACACCUCAAGAACAGACCAGCCCAUCGGUCACUUCGCGAUAUAUCUAGGCACUAACCCAGCAAACACGGAUCUGAAAACCCACCUCUCCACCGACCAGGGAAGCCCGCCCAAGAGCCAGCCCAAGCCGCCACCGACCAGCGGCGCCGGCAAAGACAAGGUCCCGAGACACCACGUCUCAGGGACGGACGCGGAUGAGCAGCUUGAUGGCGCCCGAACCCCGUCGAUGGGCGAGAUCGAGGAGGAAUACGGCCGGGUGGAAGAGCGGUCUAAGAAUUCGGGCAGGAGGCUCUCGAGGAUUACAGCCAGCCUCGACAACUGGAGGCGUUUGAAGUAG